AUUCACUUCAUUGUCUGCGCGAGUCGGUUCGUCUUCGGAUUUAGACAAAUUCUGGAGUUCAUUUUUGGGUUGAUUAAGAGGUCAACACAGGAGUGGCCUCUUCCUCGGUCAGCGUUAAAAAUCUGCAGAUACAGUCGGGUUUCUGGUGUUUAUUCCUUUGUAAAUACUCUUAUUUGUAUAUACUGUAAAUGAUGACAUCGGUAGGAGGCAACCGGAACCGGGCUACCUGGGAGCAGACACAGACACAGAGCCAGUCACAGCACAAGCAGAGGCCUCAGGCCACAGCUGAGCAGAUCCGACUCGCGCAGAUGAUCUCGGACCACAACGAUGCUGACUUUGAGGAAAAGGUCAAGCAGCUAGUUGACAUCACUGGGAAGGACCAAGAUGAGUCUAUGAUAGCGCUACACGACUGCAAUGGAGAUGUGAACAGAGCCAUCAACGUGCUGCUGGAGGGCAGCCCUGACAUCGAUUCAUGGGAAAUGGUGGGGAAGAAGAAGAGCGUGUCAGGCCAGAAGGAAAUCGCACAGAUGGACGGAGUAGAAGAAAUGAAGGAAAAUCGAGAGAGAGGAGGAGAGCGAGAUGUAGCACGUCGUAGAGGAGGAGCUCCGAGGAGGGGGCGCGGGACCAGCCGUGGACGAGAGUUUCGUGGUCAGGAGAACGGCUUGGACGGCACCAAAGUGAGUGGAGUAGCGGGCAGAGGGAUGGAGCGUGGCCGCCGAGGACGAGGCAGAGGGAGAGGUGGUGCUGGUAGGAGAGGUGGAAGGUUCUCAGCUCAGGGUAUGGGUACGUUUAACCCAGCAGACUACGCUGAGCCAGCACAGACAGAGGACAGUUAUGCCAUGGGAAGCACUUGGAGUAACACGGGCAGCUUGGAACAUGAAGAUGGUGCCAGACUCGAAUUUGCUGGAGGAGAAGGAACAAAUUACGCACGGAAAUUUGACUCUACUCCUGGUGCAUGGAGAACUCCUACAGAAGAGUGGGGCACUGAGGACUGGACUGAGGAUUUAUCAGAGACGAAGAUCUUCACUGCCUCCAGCGUGGUGUCCAUGCCCAUGCCUCAGGAGAACGUUACCAUAACAGCCGGACAGAGGAUUGAUUUAGCAGUGCUCUUGGGGAAAACUCCACCCACCUCCUCUUCUGAGACGGAGUCUGCUCCACUAGAUGCCCCUCAGCCCCCAUCUCUAUCCCAGUCUCUGGUUUUUAGCAACUCCAAGCAAUCUCUCUCACUCUCUCAGCCCUCCUCCAACACCACGUAUAAUCAGCACAACAUGGUGAGCAUGCUCGGUAAGGGUUUCGGUGAAGUGGGAGACUCUAAGGGCAGCAGUGGAAACUCCACCAGUGGCUCCCAGUUCCUGGAGCAGUUCAAGACAGCGCAAGCUCUGGCCCAGCUUGCAGCGCAGCAUUCCCAGAGUGGCCCGUCCAGCACAGGCCCCUCUAGCUGGGAGUCCAGUCCUGCUCCCCUGGCACAGUAUGACAUGAAGUCUCAGACAGACACAGCAGGACACAGUCCCUUCACCAAACGGCAGCCGUACCAGCCCACCUCCUCUGCCACGUCCUCCAUAAUGGACGUCUUCUUGCAGGAGAAAGUUCCUACCCCCGCCACUGCCGCUUCCCAGCCACCCCCUUCCACCACUCUGGCCCAAACCGUCUCGGCUCUGAAGCCUUCAAUAGGCCAGCCGCAGAUCCCUUUGGGCCCUUCUGAGCCUCAGGCCUCCAGUCCUCUGCCUCUACAGCAGCAUAAGCUUAAACAUCAAAAGAAGAGAACCUCCAUCAGCACCAAGAUCCCUGCUUUAGCAGUGGAGAUGCCAGGUUCAGCAGACAUCCCCGGACUCAACCUGCAGUUCGGAGCGUUACAGUUCGGCUCUGAGCCUGUCUUGCCCGAGUACGACACCACAGCAGCUGCCACCACCACACCAGGCAAUGCCACUCAGAACAGCCUGUACACCAGCACCAACAGUGAGCAGGCUCCUGCUCUUUCCAACGCCACUCAGAUGGAGCUGUAUGAGCAGCGAGCGAGCCAGACCCGGCGCUACCCUCCCUCUGUUUCCUCGUCUCCACAGAAAGAUUUGCAGCCCAAGAACGGAUUCAGUUCAAUACAGACAACACAGUCUCUGGAAGCAGCAGGCGGCUCUGCUGUGUCUGUGAAACCAACCUCUGACUCCACCGCGUCAUCCUCUGUGUCGAACAUGUCGUCAUUGUCAGAGCCGACCUCAGGCCCCAUCUCUCACCUGACCACAGCCAGUCAGACACCUCUCACACCUCUUGGACAUGAAGACCCCUCCUCCAAUACCAUUGUUCCUCCACAACACAAUUCCCUUUCCACACAACAGAGCAGUUUGGCUCCCUCCACAGUCCGAACCUCUAACACCGGCUUACUGCAUCCGAAUGUGGAUGGAGACUCAAGCCUGCACUCGUCUUCCUACUCCUCGGUCUCUGCAGUGGCCUCCACUGUUCCCCCUUCAUCCACAGUCUCCUCCUCUUCAUCCUCAGUACCCAUAUCUCAUAAUCCUGUACCUCCUUCCUCUUCCACGGUCAGUGCUGCCUCUGCUCAGAUCAGUCUGGGGCCAGUCAGUAGUCUGGCUAUGGGCCUGAACAGUGCAGGUGGAGUUGCCUCUAUUGUCCCUCUGACUGCUGCAGCUGCUGCAUCUUCGUCAGUGGCCUCCGCUUCAGCCAUACCAUCAUCAGCUUCAUCACGCAGCACGGCUGCCUCAGGGAAAGCACCUCCAAACCUGCCUCCUGGAGUGCCUCCUCUCCUGCCCAACCCCUACAUCAUGGCUCCUGGUCUGCUUCAUGCCUACCCGCCCCAGGUGUAUGGCUAUGAUGAUCUGCAGAUGCUCCAGACAAGGAUACCACUGGAUUACUAUAGCAUUCCAUUUGCGACCCCAACAACAGCACUGACGGGCAGAGACGGUGGUUUGACCAGCAACCCUUAUUCUGCUGGUGAUCUAACAAAGUUUGGUCGUGGGGACACUUCAUCUCCUUCUCCGGCCACCACGCUGGCUCAGGCCCAGCAGAGUCAGACCCAAACUCACCACACCACGCAGCAGCCCUUCCUGAACCCCGCUCUGCCCCCCGGCUACAGCUACACCAGUCUGCCAUACUACACAGGCGUGCCCGGCCUGCCCAACACUUUCCAGUACGGCCCUGCUAUGUUCCCGGUAGCAGCUACGUCCUCCAAACAGCACGGUGUGAAUGUCGGCGUCAACGCUUCAGCCACAGCCUUCCAGCAGGCGAGUGGAUACGGAUCCCAUGGAUACAGCACUGGCUAUGAGGAUUUGGGCCAGGCUUCAGCAGGGAGCGGGGAUUUCUGUAAGGGUGGCUACAGCAAUGCUGUGGCUGCUGCCGCUGCUGCCGCUGCUGCCGCUGCUUCUGCGCAAAACAAACCAGCCAGCUCAGUCACCGCGCCCGGAGUGGGAGUCUCUGUUACAUCCAGCAACACAGGUGUCCCUGACAUUUCAGGGUCUGUUUACACAAAGACACAGUCCUUUGAGAAGCAGGGUUACCACGCAGCAGCAGCAGCACCAGGAGCUUCGUUCAGUGUGCCGUCAGCACUGGGCAGCGGCGGCCCCAUCAACCCCCCGGCUGCAGCACCGUAUGCCCCGGCGCCUUUCAUGCACAUCCUCACUCCUCAUCAGCAGCCCCACUCACAGAUGCUGCACCACCACCUACAGCAGGACGCCCAGACCGGCUCUGGACAGCGAAGUCAGAACGCUUCCAUUCAACAGAAGUCCCAGAUCAACAAGUCUACUUACAACAGCUACAACUGGGGAGGCAAUUAACUUUUACUGUUUCCAAUCUGGUGUCCAAAA